CUCAAGAGCAUGAUCCUCAAACACAAAAAGAUUUAAGGCAUCUUAAUAAAAUUAUGUUAAGUGAUGAUGAAUGGGCUGCUUUAGAAAAACUAAUUGAAGUUUUAGGUCUAUUUGUAGCAGCUACUGAUUUACUUAGUGGAAGUACUUAUAAGAUAAAUGCUAAAGAACUUAUAGAUUUAACAAAUGAAGAUACUGUACUAGAUGAUAUUAGAUUUAUUAAUGAUUAUGAAGAAGAUGAAAAUAAAAAACCUAAAAAACGAAGAAUUCUUAUUAAUACUAUAUGUCUCAAGAUU